GGACAACCCCGCGACGCAAAACCAAACACUUUUUUUAACUCUGUCAUUUAUCUAUCCAUCCUAUCUACACUUCCAUCCCUUUACGAUGUCUGAGCAGUGCAUCGAAUAAUUAAUAUUGCUUCGAGUUCCUCCGACCGACCCCACCUGUGCCCCUCCACCAAUCAAGGCCCAACAUGGCGACAUUCCCCUUUUCCUCGCAACGACCUCGCUAUCGAGUUCUCGACUCUGGCUCGAGAGAUCGUUCUCACCUUGUAGUCCACUACUGUAACCGAUUUCUCCGAAUCACCGUUGUCAUUCCCAUCCUCCUCGUACUCACCAUCCUCGUGGCCGGUCUAUUCAUCAUGGCCGAAGCUCGUUCAGCCGAGUCUCAUCUCGAGUUUUCCACGGUUCCGGGGUUCUUCUUGCAGGAUGAUCCGGAGACCGACCCGGAUACGUUUGACUAUGUCGCAUCCAAUUUCGGCCUCAUAAAUAGAGCCUACGACACAGACCCGGAGUUUGACCCGGAGGGCCAAAAGACGCAAUGGCAGCGUCUCGCCCACCACAUUGACGUGCUCAACGAGAACAGCGGGCCCGAGACAAGCUACAAGCUUCUCUUCCUCGGACGGCACGGCGAGGGGUUUCAUAACGUUGCGGAACAGAAGUACGGGACGGAGUUAUGGGAUUGCUACUGGUCUCUCCAAGACGGCGACGAAAACGGCACCUGGGUCGACUCGAGACUCACCAAGCUGGGCGAGUCGCAAGCCGAGACCGCCCACCGCGCUUGGAUCACGCAGAUCGAGGCCGGCAUCCCGUCGCCACAGUCGUACUACGCGAGUCCGUUGAACCGGUGCCUCGCGACGGCGAGCAUCACGUUCAAGGGGACCGGGUUGCCGCUGACGGAGCCGUUCCGGCCGCUGCUUAAAGAGCUCCUCCGCGAAACCAUUGGCCUGCACACCUGCGACUCGCGAUCCAGCAAAUCCGCCAUAGCGGCCGAAUACCCGCUAGUCCGAUUCGAGGAGGGCUUCGCCGAAGAAGACCCCCUGUACUCGUCCUCGCUGCGGGAGAGCGAUUCGGCGCGCGACGUCCGCUUCCGGGACCUCUUCCAGGACAUCUUCAGCCACGACGGGAACACGUAUCUCUCGCUGACGGCGCACUCGGGGGCCAUCACGAGUAUGUUGCAGGUUGUGCGGCAUCGGAAGUUUGCGCUGGCUACCGGGGGCGUUAUUCCGGUGUUGGUGAGGGCGGAGAGGGUGGCUGGUCCCCUGCCAGUGUGGGAGGUUGACGAUUGGACGGGGAAGCCGGAGUGUAAG